AUAUGUGUAUGUCAGCUGUUCUGUACAGGGAACCUCGAUUUCAUGAACUGUAGUUCACUUCAUUUGACGACAAAAGGAUUCCUUGAAUGACUGCAUAGUAUUGGAGAAGAUUUUAUCCUGUAAAUAUUGGAAUAUUUAUAUGAAUAAUAAAACAUUUCCCAUUCUGCUUUUAUUAAAGGAAAACCACUGCAGAAGAAUAAAAAUCCUAGGGGAUUGUUACUACUGUGUAUCAGGACUGACCCAGCCCAAAACAGAUCAUGCCCAUUGUUGUGUUGAAAUGGGACUGGAUAUGAUUGACACCAUCACAUCUGUUGCAGAAGCCACAGAGGUUGAUCUCAACAUGAGAGUUGGAUUGCAUACAGGCAGGGUGCUUUGCGGGGUCCUGGGCCUCCGAAAAUGGCAAUAUGAUGUCUGGUCAAAUGAUGUGACUUUAGCUAAUGUAAUGGAAGCUGGAGGACUGCCUGGGAAAGUUCACAUUACAAAGACCACCUUAGAGUGCCUAAAUGGGGACUACGAGGUAGAGCCAGGAUAUGGUCAUGAAAGGAACAGUUUCUUGAAGAAGCAUAAUAUCGAAACAUUUUUUAUUGUGCCAUCCCAUCGUAGGAAG